AUGGCGAUCGACGUGCAAGGCUGGGAUCUGACAUGCCAGGAGCUCAAGUUUCAUAGAGAUGUCGACAGCGCUGCCCGAGAAGGGGGCAGCCAUCUCCUACUCAGACCCCUGGUGAAGCCCAAGAUCAUUAAAAAGAGGACCAAGACGUUCAUCAGGCACCAGUCAGACCAGUACGUCAAAAUUAAGCGCAACCAGCGGAAACCCAGAGGCACAGACAGCAGGGUGCACAGAAGACUCGGGGGCCAGAUCUUGAUGCCCAGCAUUGAUUACGGGAGCAACAAGGAAAAAAAGCACACUCUGCCCAGUGGCUUCCGGAAGUUCCUAGUCCACAACGUCAAGGAGCAUGAUGUGCUGCUGAUGAGCCACACGUCUCACGGUGCAGAGACAGAUCACAGUGGCUGCCACAAACCCACCGUGCAAAGAGCAGCCCAGCCAGCCAAUCCCAAUGCCAGGCUGCACAGUGAAGAAAGCAGACAGACAGCUUACGUGCACAUCGCAUUUGGCAUCGCGAAGACCAAGCGCUUCUCUCCAUCUUGA